GGUGGGUGCUACCCUCUGUUGGGUGAGCCUGUUGGGUGAGAGUUACACCACCAAUAUUUCGACUUUAAUAGGCUUGCAGGGUGUCCUAUAUGCUAUCGGCGGAUCCCUUCUGUAUGCCCCGUGCAUAUCAUACAUGUCCGAAUGGUUUGUGACCCGCAGAGGCCUUGCAAAUGGCGUCAUAUUUGCUGGAACGGCUACUGGAGGUCUGAUACUGCCUUUAAUACUUCCAGAACUGAUUUCCCGCUACGAGAGUGCAAAAACAUUGCGAAUCCCAUCUGUCGUCCUCCUGGCUCUCCUUCUACCUGUGCUCCCCUUCGUAAAACCGCGAAUUCCUAAUUCCAGGAACCGUCAGCAAAUGUCGCCUCCUCGCGCGCGAGAAUGGAUCAAAAGCACUUCAUUUUGGGUCCUUCUUGCUGCAAAUACCUUCCAAGGGUUUGGAUACUUUGUACCAAUUGUAUGGCUACCCACUUUUGCUCAUGCUAUGAACUUGAGUGCCACGAAUUUGUCAUUAACUGUGGCUCUCCUCAAUGGAGCCUCUGUACUCGGUCGCGUAUCUAUGGGGUACCUCUCUGAUAAGUUCAAUCCAUGGUUUUUGGAGAUGUCAACGCUCUUCGCGACGUCUCUGGCCACAUCUGUUCUAUGGGGCGUCCUCUCCCAAAACCUAGCUGGGCUUCUUGCCUUUGGAAUCACCUAUGGUAUCCUGGCCGGGGGGUGGAGCAGUCUGUGGACUGGGUUUGUUUCUCCCAUCGCAAAGGACGACCCGAACCUGGCCACGUAUUUGUUCGGUUACCUUCUGCUAUCUCGAGGCAUAGGCAACAUACUGUGUUCACCCAUCUCGUCCGUUUUAGCAACGGCGCCCGAUACUGCUGUUGGCAUGGCGAGCUUCCAGGUGGCCGAUGGCAGAUAUGAGAAUAUGAUUCUGUAUGUGGGGUCGUGUUUUGUCGGUGCUGCUGGCGUGAUGUUGUUGGGCUGGGGCCUCGAUAUGGAUGUCAUCCGUUCUCGAAGGAAGAGGGUAUAAGCACUGUCUUUACAUUCUAUUCUAUACACCGUUGCACUAGGUGCUUGGUAGGUUGAUGAUAACUAGAAGACUGAGUUUAGAUGUACUCGAUAUAGGGAUAAAGAGUAAUCUCAUUCAAUCACUUAUA